UCCCAACACGCUGUAAUUUCUUUUUUCUUAGUUUUUUUCUGAAACUUUUUUCAAUAACCAUCAUCAUGAUCUUUCUUGUCAAUAACUCCACUGAAACCUAUUUCUUUCCAAUUUUUCUAAUGAACUAUAAAAGAGACAUGGGACCUUUUGCAAUUUUAAUGUUAACCGUGGAAAUGUUAUGCUUCAUGCUUGGAAUAAUACUAACUAUUCGAGGAUGUAUGGUGAUCAGUGAAACUCGAGUUUUCAAUCGAAAUUUGAAUUAUAUUUUAUGCACUAUAUUGUUACAAUUUUUUGAAAAUGUGAUUGGAAGAUUGUUGAUAAUGCCUUAUCAAAAAGGAUGGAUUUUGCUACCAGGAAAUGACCACACGAAAAUUUAUUCCGAAUUCACGACAAACACGACAUCAGAAAUGAUAAUCAUUGAAAAAACAUUGUGGGAUGUUCCAUAUCUCUUCAUCGGAUCAGUCAUGUUAACACAUUAUAUGGCAUUUUCAGUAACUUGCAUGAUUGGAAUCACAUUUGAACGGAGUUUGGCAACUUACUGGAUAAAUGAUUACGAAAAAAAAGAUCGCCCCGGAGUCUACAUAUUUGCAAUAGUAUUCAUACAAACCUUCACUGCCUUAGUUGCAUAUUCAGCCUGGAACCUAUGGUUAAGUGUUUACAUUUGGCUUCUCACCGGAAUUCUUCUUCUAAUUGUUAACUUUGGAUUAUUCGGUUAUAUUUGGUACUGGAAUAUUCGUGUUCAUCGAAUCCACGAUAAUUCAAUUAUGACCCAGUCAAAGUACACACUACAGGCUAGAUUUCAGGCAAGAGAAAAUGCAAGGGGGUUAGAAUUUACAAGGCUUGCCGUCAUUGUAAUAACAAUGGCGUUGCUUUUCGAGUGCACAAUAUUUGUUCUGCAAUAUUAUAACUUCUUUCAAGAAUAUGAAAUAUUUUUAUACUAUGCUAUAGAUUGGGUUAACGCGGGAAACACCGUGGCAAUAGUCCCGUUGACAGUCGCAUUGGAGCCGGUGUGGAGGAGAAAAUUCUUUGGGAAUAUUAGGCAUUCGUGUCCUAAAACUUCAAAGUCAUCUGCCAUUGUUGAUGUUAUAAAAGGAUCAAAAACUACUGAUGUGGAUACUGAAGAAUAUUUUAGUCAAUUGAGCAAAGCGUGGGCGUGAAAUUAUAAAAUGUUAUCUAAUCAUUUUUAUUUACUUUUUGGGAAUAAAG